AUGUCGAAUUCAAAUAUGUCGAAUUUAACGAAAAUGAAAUCUAGUCCUUGCCCCGCCAACGGUCGUCAAACCGUUGGGGAUGGGGCUUUCUACACCGACGCUACUCCUGAUGUACUCGCCGUGUGCCACAUGCAAGGCACCGGCGACAUGUACUACUACUCUACUACCUUCUCUGGCGGGCCCGGGGCAAAAUGCCCUCCUGACCGAGGGUCGUUGGGCUGUGUGACAGACAGCCCGGCGUCAACAUACGCUUCCCUCCACUCCAGCUCGCCAACCAAUUCACCCACCCUCUCUUCCUCCUCCGACUCUACCAACUCCUCCGUUUCCAGUCUCUCGGACGUAUCCUCUCGCAACUCUUCGCUCUACACCAACUCCCGCGAGCCUUCCCUCGUCUAUCCUCUCACUCCGCCUCUCACCGCUGCCGACCGGAACAAUCAAGCCAACAUCCAGUCAUUCUUCAACCACAAUAACACCCAGAAGGAGCACGAGCAGUUCCCUCGCUCGUCCGUCCUUCCCCAGCCCAUCAUCAACAAGAACGCGUCCGUCGCUUAUGCGCACAACAUCGCCACUCCGCCCCUCACUCCGGAUGACAGCCCUUUCGAUGAAUCGAGUCCCAUCAAACAGCGCGACCAUGCCGAUGCGCUCGAGUUCCUCACGAACCUCUUCCCCACUCAGGGCGUCAGCGCGCUCCAGUUUGCGAAGAGCGUCAGCAUCGCGAGCCCUGGGAUGAACGCGAGCUUCGAUGGUGUCGUUCUUUCUCUACCUGGCAAGCCCAAGACGCUUUAUGUCGACGGGAAAAGCGCCGAGAUCGUCUCUCUUCGUGAGAGCAUCGUGGCCCUCCUCGACCUCGCGGACGAACAUCUCGGCUGUGAGGCCCUGGUCAUCGCGCUGGAGAAGGGCUCGCCCUCGCUGAGCACGUUGUUGCAUUCGCUCAUGUAUGUCGGCGGCACGGUCGUUACCAAGCCUCCGUUCCAGGUCGACCCGGCGUACGUGCUCGUUGGGCUCGAAAUUUAG